AUGAAUUAUGUUUUUCCUGGUUGUAAUAUUCUUCUGUUACAUCUAGCUGGUGCAGAAGCAAAAGCAGCGGACCGCAUGGAAGAUUCAAAACUUAUCGCUAAAGCAAUGGCAGUCUUGAGAGCUAUGUAUCCGCUGGCAAAUGUAUCCGAGCCGGAGAACUUUAUCACAUCAAGAUGGAUAUCGGAUCCACUUACUUUUGGUGCAUUUAGCUACUGGACACCGGGCUUUACACUUAAAGACACGGAUGACCUUGGACAACGUAUUGGAAAUUUAUAUUUCGCCGGGGAACACAUCAACAAAACCAACUAUGGCUAUGUGCAUAGUGCUUAUACCUCUGGUAUCAGUACUGCACUGGAGCUUAUGGCGUGUAUUGAGGAUAACUCUUUGUGUAAGGAUCGUGUUUUAACAACAGAACCUGAAAACAAGUGUACAAGUGACGGCAAUGGAAUGAAACAGCAUCUGUACCGGGUACUAGUACUCCUAAUAACUGUUUAUAAGUUAUAA